AUGUUCAACCUCCUACUCAUAAUUCUAGCCGGGCUUCUCAGUGGCGGGUUGAGAUAUUGGAGCCCUCGCGAGUCUCCACGAGCGUACCAACCGCUCAAUCCCUUAACGGAACCUAUAACAGCCUCUACUCCCAAUACUUCAACCAAGGCCUCUUCCUGGGGAUUUCAUACCUCCAAGCCCCCAUCGGCAGCAAACGCUUCCACCCCCACCAGCACCUGGAAUGGAUCUGUCGCUGCAACCUCAUACGCACCGUCAUGCGUCGGUUAUGAUACCUCCGUGGACGCGAAUGAGAUGGCUGAAGACUGCUUCUAUCUCUACGUAAUCCGACCUCAUGCUGUCUCCGACCUUGCCAACUUGCUUGCUGUCGUCUUUCUGCACGGUGGUGGCUUUUCUGGUGGCAGAGCUAGUGAAAGUCGCUACAACCCGUCUUACAUUGUCGACCACUCGAUAAAAUUAGGUCAGCCAAUUCUCGCUGUCAGUUUCAACUACCGUCCUAGUGCUUGGGGCUUCAUAUACAGCAAUGAGGUCAGAGACACCGGCGCUACCAACAUUGGUCUGCGCGAUUAA